UCCGGUCGGACUUGGUUGUUGUUACAUUUGUCAGAAGAGGAACUGCUCCGCAGGUGGAGGGAUGAGUCUCUCCCCUGUGAUUGGCACAGAAGUGCCAGAAACAGCUAAUGGGGUUGUGAUACCUGUUGUUUCAGAGAACGGCCCUCAUGUCUCUGUGAAGUGUGGAGGAAGCAGGGCGCCCUGUUCUGGGGAGGGAUCAGAGGACGGCUCCCUCGGACACACAGAGAGCACUUUAAAUGUGGAAAACAGAGUUUACGAUGGCGAAGAUCACCUGGAUACAGAGAAGGUCAUUAACGAGAGGACCUCUAGCUUAUCAUUGCACACAGACCCCUCUCUCUCCACUGACACAUGCACAGGAUACUCAGAAUCGGUAUCCAUUGUCAGAGACAUUCCUGAGGCCUCCAGCACUGCAGAGCCUCCUGGUGCAGCUCUGCUGUGGGACUCAGCACAGACCAAAGACUCAUCUCAGCGUGAAGCCCUCAUCUCCCUGGACAGACAGCUGACAGAGUCAGAGACUGUGGACGGAAGCACUGACAGCCGAGAUGAGGAGGAAGAUGGAGAGAUGGAGAAACAGGAUGAGGAGGAGGAUGAGAAGAAUGAAAAGAAGUGGAGGAAUCCGUAUGCAGGGAGAAAACACUCUUCACAACACUACUCGUCCUCUGCUCCCGGACCUAGCACCACAUCCUCUUCCUGUCUCCCACCUCCUAUUCUUCCCUCAGAUGAUGGCCCCUGUCCGCCCCAUGUCAUGGCCCAGGUGUGGGUUCGCAACGUCCGGGGGAUGCAGGAUAGCAAGAGCCUGGAUGAAAUUAGCCAAGCAUUUGGAGGCAGUUUGGGGGCCCGGGGAGGGGGCAGAAGUGGCCAAUCAGAGGGUCGACGGGCUACAAUCUCCUCAGCUCUGGAGCUAGAGGGGACGGUCAGCCAGGAUGGAGACCUAACUAACUUCAUCACUAAGAACCUGGAGCAGAAGAUCAAGAUGAGCUCCAAGCCAAGUCUGGACUGCAGUGACUCGGACUGUUCUGGGCCAAUCUACCGAAGCCGUGGGUUGUCACGGAGACCAGCAGAUAUCCCACCCAUUGAUCCCACUGUCCUAUUGGACCUUCAGAGACACACACAGGAAGUGGCCCACAGUGUGGAGAUGAUGAUGCGCAGCCUCAAUGGAACCAUCCAGAACAUGACAGCUCUGAGUGUGGGCUACAUCCAGACCUACAGAGACUCAGUUGAUAGCCUGGGAGAGUCUGUGGACAUGAGUAUAAAGGGUAUGUACACGCUGAUGGCUCGCUGCGAGGAGCUGGAUCGUUCCAUGCAGCCUAUACACACCCUGGCCGCGCAGAUCCGUGACAUCAAACGCACACUGGACGCUCUGGAGACGAUUUGCAAGUAACCCGCACAGCUGGGUUGAAAACACGUCCCAGCUGCAAAGAUCCAUCAUCAAGCACAUCCUGAACAAGGCUGUCUGCAAGUCACUCUGCCCAUCUGCAGGUACCACACACAUACUGCGGUGAAGAUUAAGUGCACCACUGGAGUCCUUGAGCCACUGUUACCAGGCAUGCUGGAUGAUUGGCGCUCAUAUUCCCACGCUUGUUCAUUGUUCCAGGUGGCCAUGUUUGUGUUGUGCGAUCUCAAAUGAAUCGCGCCUGAUUUGCUCUCGGGUUGCUUUUUUUCCCAUUUUUUUUAAAGCAACCUCACCAGAUAAAAUCUCGAAGAUUAACCAUUUUUGGAGACACUUGGCCAAGUGCCCUGAAAACACAUACCCAGACCCACACAAAGGUGUGGGAGUAGACGCCCGCUGUUCCCACUCUACAGCAGGAAGUGUGUCGUUAUCCGUCCAGCCCAAUUGGUUCAGAUUGCACUAUCCUCUCCUCUCCACAUGAGGGCGAUGUUCCUCUCUCGGUGUCUUGUGCUAUGAGGAGGGACCAGUACAAACUGCUCAGAAGACAGUGACUUUUGCACAGGAACAGAAAGUCAGGUUUUUAAUCUUAUGCAACAAAGAUUAGAUUCUUUCAUUGGGGAAUAAAUGAAUUGAGCGAAGCAUCACAUCUUUCUGUCGGUCUGUCUGCCUUUUUUUUUUUUUUUUUAUUUAUUCUGUUUUCAAGUGCAUGCUUUUCCCAAAAAUAAAGCAGUACUUCUGUUUAUCACUGACUCUGGUAGAUUUUUCCACUGGUGGCCACUGAGCAGCUCCACUGGAGCAUUUGGGGUUUAACUGCUGCUUGAGGCUGUUUGUCAGGAGUAAUGAGACAGAGAGUGAGACUGACAGCUUUUCCCCCUCAGAUUCUCUCAGACUGUCCAUCAAUUCAACAAAAAAAAAAACACCAUUUAAAUUACACAGCUGCUUCUCUAAUUUGUUUGGUUAGCACCAUGAAACAUUUGGGCUGAAAUCUCACUUCAUUGUCAGUGCAAUCUAAGAACUUAUUGAGACCCUAACCAGAAAAAUGUAUCUUUUCACAGUGGCUUUAAAUAUUUGAAAUUCAGAACUUAUUAAAGUGUUUACACUUUAAUAAACACUUUAUUAAUUGAGUCAAUUUAAAAGAAAUAAAAUAUGCAUUCAGGCUGCUGCACACUAGAGGAUUAUCAGGCUGUUUUUAGACCCGCUUUGCACCUUCAGACAAUCGUGGUGGCGUUUCCGACUGGAAGUCACUCUGUGCCGAUUAUCUGCCCAAGUAAUCCUGAAGUGUGGGGGGUUUAUAAAAUAUCUUAAUGCUACCAACUGAGUCGAAGCCUUCCUGAUCUCGAAUCGGAUCCGGCAGAAACCUGCAAUAGUGAGAGUAUUUUGGGCUGCAAAACAGAAUACAUGACAUCAGUGUACCUCCAGCUUUUGUCAAGUUUAGUCACGCGAGAGUUCCACACUCCAGUUCAGAUGGUGUCAGUAAUGCACUUAGCAGUUUUUGCAAACCGCCAUAAAGAAAACUGAAUAAGAUAUUCACAUUUUCUCUGAGAUUCCAAGUCUCUGGACUCUCCACUGUGAAAUCGUUUCCAACAAAAGGCAAGUGUGUGCUCUGACGUUCUGGCCAAAUCGUCCAGUGCGUGCGUGCUCUGAAGAUUAUAAGAUUAAAAAUCUGUUUAAUCUGU